AUGCCACCCAAUCCAAUCCAAAAGUCCAAAGUGGCGAAUAAGCCAGCUCCAAAUGAUAAGGCUGUCAAGCAAUCAUGGCUACGCUCCAAACUACGCUUUCUACAACCUGAGCGUUAUCAGAAAAAGUCCUCCACGCCCCAGGAAAAGCAUAUUAAAGCUUGGCAAUAUAAAGUCGCUACUGAUUUCAUUCCAGAGCCGAGAAAAAAGCCUUCACUAAUGGAAAACUCCUACACGCACCAGGAAAAGCAAAUUGAAGCUUGGCAAUAUAAAGUCGCUGCUGAUUUCAUACCAAAGCCGAGAAAGAAGUCUUCACGUACGGAAAGAUCCCAGACUUCUAGGUUAUCAGAGAAAGAAACUGACUGGUUCACAUUCAUAGGAAAUGGAGGAUACUUUGAGUCUCCCCAAGCGGAUCUGACCAGUAUUAGGGAGCUUCCUCCUAUUAGGCUAUCACAAGAACUUCGACAGUCGUAUUCAAAAACAAAAGAUUCUCAAGACCCACCAGCGCCACUACCAGCCUUGACAUUUUCAAAGAAGCAAGCAGAUUACUAUAAUAAUCUAUCUCCAGAAACGCGCAAGACUUACGGAUAUCCAUUUCCUCCAAAGGCAUUUGAAAUACCAAGAAAGCCAUUGCAAAAACAUCAAUACAAGCUCGACGAGAAUAUAAAAGUGGGAAUUGGUAAGAGCCCCAAUAUUGUCCGACCACAGACAAAAAAUAUUCCACUCCAAGCAAAUCCCCCCAAGCCGCAUUUGCGAGAGAAAUCAUCUUCCUCGCAAAACAGUUUCCGAUCAGGACCACCCAGAGCGGCAACGACAACCAGUUUCGAAGCGCAUAUGAAGGAAUUCCCCGAAUUUGAUCACUACCGGCCAACAAAAGAAUAUCAGAAGUUACAACGAAGUGUAGAGGAAACCAAGCAUGCUCGGCCACAAACAGUAAUAGCAAGCGAAGUGCAGAGACAUAAGUCCGUCGCAGGCUCAAUCUGUCAUGAACCAUCACAAAGAUCCUCGAUGCCAAUUUCGGAAGCUUCUCAUUCAAGACCCGGAUCCAGCAGGAUACAUGCGCCAGUUGAACAAUUCCAAGCUCGAAUGUUAGAAAAUGAAUAUCACAGUCUAGAAGCGCAAGAUCGCCGAGAUGCAUAUGAAAAGCACCAACGAUUAUUAGCAAGAUCUCAGAGACCUAGAAUACCAGUUACUCCCAGCCCAUCAGAAAACAUUAGUCAGUCGGGAACAAGAUCUCUAAGAGGAGUCCCAAUAACGCGCUCAUCGCAUCAACCGGCAGCAAUACCUAUACCUUCAUCAGCAAGACCUUACAGAUCUCGAGCACCAAAUAUUCCCAGAUCCUCAGAGAAUAACGUCCGGUUAGAAACAGGAUCCCUAGAACGAUUUCCGACAUCAAAUCAACCAUCAUCAUCAUCAAGAUCUCACAGACACUCAACACCACUCACUGCCAAGCCCCCAACACCACUCACUCCCAAAUCACCCCAAAGAACUGUCCACUUUCAAGAAAAGCCUUCGCCGGGAGUCCCAAACACCCUCAAGAAACGAAGGCCUCCCCCGAAAUCACCGCAGCCACUUUCAGAUAAAGUCAACCCGCGUCCGCCUUUACGACCUUGUUUAAUAAGUAAAGUAUUAUCCUCAAUGCGUUAUGAGAUUUAA